GCCGAGUCCAGUCUGGUCCAGCUACAGUCGGAACCCGCUCGGAGUGGUACAGAGGAGCGGAGCAGCGACCACAACUCUCUGUUAAACCUGUGUCACACUAACCCAGAGGACGGAUUCCUCCUCGGACGUAAGGACCAGCUUCGUCCCAUAAAGUGAAGAUAUUAGUCCAGUCCAAAGCCUCCUUAGUGGAGUCCAGGUUUGGUCUCAUCCGGAUUUGGUCAACUUCAUCCAUCAAGUCUUCUGUCCGUGGAGGCCAGUCCAGCGUUUCAAGCUGGACGGAGGAGAGACGAGCGGGGCCGAAGGCCCGUCCUUUGUGCUGCGACAUAGAACUUCAAACCUUGUUCAACACACGACAGACAGCACACCUACAGAUCCCAUGAGUCCCCGGGAUAAAGGAGACACGCCCACCUCAGGCCCUUUAACAAGUCACCUCAGCACCUCAGAGUGCCCCUCACACAAUGGGAGCGUCCCAGAGUGCGAGAAGGACAGAAGAAUAAAAGAAGAGGAUGACAGAGGAGAAAAAGAAGAGGAGAAGGAGGAAGAGGAUGAGAAGGACGAAGGUUUCAUGGGAAUGACUCCACUGCUGCAGGCUCACCAUGCCAUGGAGAGGAUGGAGGAGUUUGUACACAAGGUGUGGGAAGGCCGGUGGCGCGUCAUACCUCACGACGUGCUCCCCGAUUGGCUGAAGGACAACGACUUCCUGCUUCACGGCCACAGGCCACCAAUGCCUUCGUUCCGCGCCUGCUUCAAGAGUAUCUUCAGAAUCCACACAGAGACGGGAAACAUCUGGACACAUCUGCUAGGCUGUUUGUUUUUCCUCUUUCUGGGACUGAUGUACAUGUUCAGGCCCAACAUGUCGUUUGUGGCUCCGGUCCAGGAAAAGGUGGUGAUCGGGAUGUUUUUCCUUGGAGCCAUCCUCUGCCUCUCCUUCUCCUGGCUCUUCCACACAGUCUACUGCCACUCUGAGGGCGUCUCCAGAGUCUUCUCCAAGUUGGACUACAGCGGGAUCGCCUUCCUGAUCAUGGGCUCGUUCGUCCCCUGGUUGUACUACUCCUUCUACUGCUCCCCUCAGCCCCGCUUCAUCUACCUGAUAGUGGUGUGCAUACUGGGAUUAUCCGCCAUCACCGUCUCCCAGUGUGACUUCUUCGCCACGCCGCAGUACAGAGGAGUGAGAGCAGGAGUGUUUGUGGGUCUGGGUCUGAGCGGCGUGGUUCCCACCCUUCACUUUGUCAUCAGCGAGGGUCUGAUCAAAGCCACCACCAUGGGUCAGAUGGGCUGGCUGCUGCUCAUGGCGACGCUCUACAUCACCGGCGCCUGUCUCUACGCCGCUCGCAUCCCCGAGAGGUUCUUCCCCGGCAAAUGUGACAUCUGGUUCCACUCCCACCAGCUGUUCCACAUCUUGGUGGUCGCGGGGGCUUUCGUUCAUUUCCACGGGGUCUCCAACCUGCAGGAGUUUCGCUACACGGCGGGAGCGGGCUGCACCGAGUACGGCACUCUCUAACGCGCACACACACACACACACACACUGACUCACUCAUUGUCUCAUCUGAUGGGGAGGCACUAAUAAAAUGCACAGAAUUACACACACACACACACACACACACACACACACACACACACACACACACACACACACACACACAUAAAACCUAAGACAUGCACACACACUCGCUCUCCCCCCUCCAGACUGAAGACCGAAGUGGCUUGUUCUGUGUGUGUGUCUGUGUGCGUAAUACACGGUGUCCUCCCAAGGUCGGGGGGGGCACUAUUACAACAGAUUGAUGAGGGUUUUUGUUGUUUCUGUCCCUCUGUCUGUCUGUCUGUCUGUCCAGCCCCACCUCCUCUGGCUCAGUUGACUAUAAAACCACAUCCAAGAUGGCGUGUUUUAUAAACAUUUUUGAGAGUCUGCUCUCCCCAGGAAGUAUCUCCGUUUGUUUUUUGGAGGGGGAGGGCGGGGGCGAGGCAUUGAAAACCUCCCUUCAGUAAUUCUACAUUUUCUUCUGUGUUGAGUUCUGACAAGAGUUUCAUGGUUUCAUUUGAAAAGAAAGCAUAAUUGUGGCUUUAAAAAGUGUGUUGUUGUGUUUUUUUGCUGAAUGCUGUUUCACACAUUCAAAUAUGAAACGAGAAAAAGAAUUGAGUUGAAAAUGUCUUCUUCCAUGAUGCAGAUAACAGGGGGAGAGGUUGGGAGCUGGGGGCAGGGGGGGUUAAUAGUCACUGUUAAAAGAAAAAAAAGAAAAAAAAAAAAAAAAACCUUUUCCAUGUAAAUAAGAUUUCUAAAUUUUGGGUUAUAGAUUUGUAUGAAAUAUAUAUAAAAAAAAACAAAAAAAAUAUGUUAUAAUAUGAUGGCAAGAAAAAAAUAAAUAUGUUAGAUUAUAAAUCAAUUGAUGAUGAGGAUGAAGAAGUGUUUUAUCGACAGGAGAGAAUAAUGGCGCUUCAAACGACGUCGCGUACGAGAGGGAAGAGGCGAGGAGGAAAACAAAAAAAGGCACAACAUCUGAAUCUUAUCAAACAAACAGCGACUUCAAGACUCUUAAACCUUGAAAUAUAACCGAGGAGACGGCAGAAGUGUCCGCCACUCUGUUAUUGUUGUUGUUUUUUUCCCCCCACUUUUGUGUUUGCUGAUUUAUUGAUCUCCAAUCAGACCGCUGUCUGUGCUUCAAACCAAAUCUAAAAUCAAAACUAUGUAAAAAUGUUGAUUUGUAGCCAUUUUCAAUCUCCAAUAUGAGUUUAUUCUUUUCUACGACGUGCCCUUAAGCCACCAACCAAGGAUAACUUUAAGAUAUUUUUAUAAACAAGUCCCCAGAGUCGUGUAUACAUACUGGUAAACUGCAGUGUUAUUACAGCACAGAUGCAGUUCGUUGUAGUCUUCGUCCUCUGUGACACUUGGUAAGAUUCACCUCCUCACAGAGCAAGAAUACUCUUGUCUGGAAACGUGUUUGUUUUUUUUUUCUUUUUGAUUGGAUUGUAUUUUAAUUUAUCCACUGCUGUCAUUGGUAUUAUUAUUAUUAUUAUUAUUAUUAUUAUUGCAAGCUUUAAUUUGUAUUUUUUUUUUUUUUUUUUACUUUAAUUUUGUAUAAUUUAGCCAGAAAUGUGAGAUGAGAGUUUUUAAAAAAAGCCUCAUUCACCUUAAAAGUAACAACAGAAUAAUGAACAAGUCUCCUCUAAAGACCUGAUUAAGUGAAUUGCUUUAAGGGACUUCACUUGGAGAAUAAAACAAGGUGACAAAAUCUCACACCUGCACAAUGGAAAUCAUAGACGCCUAUCAGAUUCAGGUUUGAGAGUUUCUACGGCUGCUUCCUUUACUUCUGGAGUCUUUGCAUCAGACUUGACUUUUUUUUUUUGUUUUUGUUUUCUUCAUUUUUCUGUUUUUAUUUGAUCUAGUUUAUAUUAAUUUAUUUCUCUUGGGGGAGCGCCUAUUGUCUGUUGAAGCACAUGUUCCUUUCUGGUGGGAGUGUUUGAUUGCAAUAGACCUUUGUAUCUGCUGUAUUGUUCUAAUAAAAAAAAAAGUUUUUUUGAA